CUGCAGGAAUGGCAUUUAUUUACGUUACAAUGUAGUGGUUCCCGUGUCAGCCUCUAGCAGUCAUUGUCAUAACGAUAGCAACAAGAUGGAAGUUCAUAGCAUGAGAACUUUAGACGCAGUGUUUGCGUGCAGAAAUAACUUUAUAGCUGUUUACAUGCGCGAUUUGUGUUUAUAUUAGCGGGUCCAUUGGAAUCUGGGUGUAUUCUACUGAUAUAAUGUACACCAGACUGUCCUUGGGUUUUACAACACUCAUCACCCUGCACAUCACGUCUGGAUCAAUGUUGCUGCUGGAUAAGUUUCUCAUUACUGAUUUGGGCACAUCACCUUGGUUCAAUGUAAAUGAGAGUUUGUGUAACCCUGUAAGUGCCAGCGAUCAAUCAGAAAAAUAUAUAGAUAGUACCAUGAGUCAUAUCUGUGUCUCUUUAUUGGCAAAAUCAAACUCGCUAAGGACAAGUGUAGAUUUCCAGUUAGAUGGCCAUGGAUACAAUCUUGUUCAGAGUUUUAAUCAGAAACAAAGGAAAACCAAGAAAGGAACAAGACCUGGUGAAGCUGAUGUGCAGCAAAUCGAGAGGUUAAUUCGAGGAAGAGAUGAUUCAAGUAUAUUCUUGACUUCAGCCGCAUCAGGCAGUGUGUGGAGCCAAUCAGUGUUUUUUCUUAUACCGUCAUGGAUAAAGAAGAGUUUCAUAAAAAGAGAAGCUGUACCAAACAGACCACAGCAGCGAGAUGGUUCUCGAAUUUCAUGGAACGGCAUAAUAUUUCUGAAAUGUGCAAUGGUAAAUAAUCGAGAAGACCUUGAAACAGCAACAGUUCAUCUGCUCAUUAACAGUACAGAUGUGUCUUCCCCUGCCAUGAAUAUGUCUAAUCUCAUUAUUUCGGAUAACAUAACUGGCAUUGCCAUUAAAGAUGUCAGCGGCACAAGUACUGCAUCUGUAAAGGGAAUACAGACAUUUAGGAAAGAAUCUCUUAAAGCCGGAGAAUAUAUACUUAUUACAUAUACUGCAUCACUUAACGCAGAAUUUGCCAAGUAUGGAUCAGAAUUCUACUUACCUGCCCAGCUAACAUUUCAGAAUUCUUCUGAGGGCUCCUCUAAACUUUUGGUGGCUCCAUUUACUAUAACUGCGAAUGGAAAUUUAAAGGUUGUACCCAAUCAUGGAUUACAUGGUGCUGCAUUUGUCAUCGCCUUUAUUGUUUCGCUUGUCCUUACCGGGGCUAUAUGUUUUGCUGUAUACUACAUUAAAAAGAAAAGGCAAAGUUCUCUGGAGACCAAAUCAAAAUUUAAAAAUGAGCAAAAAUUGGAGCAGUCACAAAUCAAUUUGCAAGAAAAUGCUAAUGAAGAUUUUAUCGUGUAUGACAAAAUGAUUGACAUUUUGGCCUUUGAGGAAGCAGAAAACAUGCUCCAAGCACUGGAAGACUCGGAGAUUACAAAUAUGUCUCAAGCAGACUCUUACCUGGAAAUAAGCAGAGUGCACAUUUACAAAGAUGUAACUAGUAUUUUUGUGAGAAACCUGACAAUCACCUUGAAUCUUUCUCCUCAUGAGACAAAAAUGCUAAGUACUGUACUGAAUGAGCAAUGGACAGACCUGGAAAAGAGAAUAAAUGAAGAACAGCAAAGGAGGAUUGUUGCUUUAACAGCAGAGUGCAGUUUAGACACAAGAAAACAAAUGGACAUACAAUAUAGGAAGCAAAAGGCAGCGAGCACAGAGGCUGAAGAGUCUUCUACAGAAUAUAAACAUCUCCUUGACAACCUCCAUGACCUGGAACAAGCUGAAAUGAAGAGGUUGCUUCUAUUUAAACAGGAGGAGCAGUUUGCCAAGUCCCACAGACAGCUAUCCAUAGCUUACAGAACCGAGCUGCAUAAUAUUUUCUUUGACCAGCUUCACAAUUCUGUUUCCAGAGGAAAAAUGAAACCAGAUGUUCAGAGUGUGAUGAUAGAAAAUUAUCUGAAAGUGCAGGAAGAAUCAGAAGAUUUAAUGGAUUUUAUUCAAGCAAAUAAAAAAUAUCACAUGAGCAGACGGAUUUCUAAUCGAAAGAAUUUAAUAUAUAGCAUCCAGCUAUGUGACAGCAAAUGUCGGUGUCUCUUAAAUUCGGCGGCAACGCAAAUAUCAAACCUAAUUAACAGAACUGAAAGAGCUGGUCACAUGACUGAAUCCCAUGCACAGUUACUGCUAGAAAGGGCUCAGUCAGAAGUUCUCAAGGUGAAAGAGAAGAUGGAAAAUCUAUCAAAAAUUGAAAAAAGGAAACUUCAUCAGAAACUUAUCACGAAAAGAAAACGACAGCUUAUACAAAAGCUGAAAGAGCAAAAAAAGGACCUGGGUGCUGUACAAGAAAUCUGUAAAACGACUAAAGACGUUAACCAUUAUUUAGAAUGCUGGAAACAACUGUUUUCUGAUCAUUGCCAGGAACUUGAGGAGUUGUUUGAAAAGCACGAUAAUGAUACUGUCGAAGAGCUAAAAGGGCUUAAGUGCAGCCUGACAGAGAAAGCUAUUGAAGAUCUCAGGCAAAUUCAGAGCUCUGUAGUAAUGCAGGAAAUGCUAAAGCAAAAUGUUCCCAGGUUACAUCUACAGCAAGUGACAGAAGAACAUAAAAGAGAGACAGCUCUUCUGGGUCAGCAGUUAGAUCACGAGGAAUCGGACAAGGUGAAGGACUCAAGAACUUCUCUGGAGAGUAGCUGGCGAAAGCUUGAGGAGGAAUUCAAACUUGGUGUCAAAGAACAGAAAAGCUUGAGACAUUGGGAGCAACAACUGUUUGUGAAAAUUAUUCUGCUACCUCUUUCUUUGUCUGAAGAAGAUAUACAGAAAAUAAGACAAUCGUUCAUGUGUGGUUUUUCUCAGAUGGACAUUACGUUGGCUCUCCCUAAAAUACAAGGAAGAAAGUUGCUUCAAACUUACCUGACUGAAUGGAGAAAGGAAGAGCUUCUAAAAUUGGAUCACAACGUUCCUGAAUCUGAGAAGCAGUUAAAUGUGAAGACCAAGAAUCAUCUGCUCGAAAAACCCACAGAGCCCUUUAUGAAAUCCAUAGAGGAUAAAAUUUUGAUUUAUGAAGCACAAAUGCCAGAUGACAUGAUUAAGCAGGCCCGUGGGGAACUACUAAUUCAAAGAGUACAUCAGUUGAAAGACAGAGAAUAUAAACUAGGAGAAUAUAUUGCUUCUCUACAGUUUCAAUUGAUUGCCAACAAAUCAAAAGAACUUGAAAUUCAUAUGGCGGUGCAGCAUUUACAGUCUUUGCUUUUAGAGGAGAUGUGCAGGUCUCAAAUCGCCACUGAGUCCGAGUAUGGAAAACUUUUAGAGACAAGAAUUCAAGAAAUUAGGGAAAUUGAUCAAAAUAUGGAGUCUUGGCAACAGAAGGAAGUGGAAAAUGAUAAACUAAAUGAAAACUAUCUAUCUAGUAUCAUUUGUGAAAUGAACUCUACUUGUGAAGAAGAUCUGGAUAUGCCACUGUCGGCUACCCUACGAUCAGCACUCAAUAGGAGACAAAACAUUCUAAGACUGUACGGAGAGAGAUUGCAGAAAGAAGAGUUGGAGUUUGCUAUGGUGGAAAAUCAAGUAGAGAAAGCUCAUAUGGAUGAAUUUAUUAGACUAUAUAAACAGGAUAUCAGAUUAACAUCUUAUUUGACUAAACGGACACUGCUACCUGAGGGACUGCUGUACCAAGCUCUGAACCUCUUGCUACCAUCCAGCUUGGAGACAGAAAUCUUUUCUGUUCUAAAUUCAGUGAGUCAUAAAUAUUCAGACGGUGUUACUGAAACUGACAACAUUGAGGAGGAAACUGACAGCUGGAGAAAGAGAAAACACCAGGAGUUAUGGACAGUUAUUGAGAAGAGGUUAAAAGAAGGUCUGGUUAUCCAAGAUAACGAUAAAAGUUCAUCUGCUAGAAGAAAGAAAAGAAGCAUUCUGAAAAAGAAACGUCUGCGCCCAGUGAAGCGCGUCUCAUUCUCACACACAGAGGAUUUCUCUAAGCUCUUGCAGUCCGUUGGCCGAUCUAAGCAGUUUGGAAAUUCAGAAGAGAGAGAAUUACCAGAAAAUGGAGAAAAGCUAUUUAUUUUCCGAGCGCCUAGUGAGACUUUGAAAUCUUCAUCUGUCCACAAAAAGAAAAGAAACUUCUUAAAUUUCAAAAAAGCUAUGAGUGCUGGUGUAUAGUGAUAAUCUAAGGACACAUGACAAGAUUUGCUAAGAAUGAAUUGCAUCAAGUUUAGAAAGCUUUCUCUAAUUGUCAUAUUUUGAUCUAUAUUAUUUAAGAAAUGAAAUAAUUCUCGGAUGUUUAUUUAAUUGGAAAAAUAAUAUAGGUACUGGGUAUUUGUCUUUUGUUUCAGAACAUAUUCUUCAGCUGUGGUCAAUCAAGCCCAUUGUUUGCACACAAUUCAAAUAGUUGUUGUUUUUUACAGACUAGAUCUAGUGUACAUUUAAAUUAGAUUAUUCAUUUUUUUUUAAUAUAUACGGUACACUGAUGUAUACUUUAUUUAGGUGGGUAUAUUUACCUUAUGUACAUUUUUUUAAAUGGACAUGAAACCCCCAAUUGUUGUUGUUGAUUCAGAUAAAGCAUACACUUUUAAACAACUUUCCAAUUUACUUUUAUUAUCAAAUUUUCUGAAGAAUCAGUGGUGCACUACUGAGAACUAACUAAACUCAUCUAGUGAGCCAAUCACAAGAGAUUAAAUGUGUGCAGGCACCAAUCAGCAGAUAGCACCCACUAGUGUAGGAUCCAUACAUGUUAUUUUUCAACGACGGAUAUCAAGAGCACAAAGUACAUUUGAAAAUAGAAGUAACUUUAAAAGUGUCUUAAAAUUAACAUACUCUCUCUGAAUCAUGCAAGUUUAUUAUUGACUUUCUUAUCCCUUUAAGUAUAUCCACUUGACCAAGGUUUAGAUUACAAGUCAUAUAUUUUUUUCUGCACAUUUGUUAGAAAGCAGAUGUCACAUAAGCUUUAUAUUAAAUAUAUAUAUUUUUUAAUUUAUUCAAAUAUUUGUACUUUUUUAUGUGUUUUAUAUACAUUUGGUAUAAAAAUACUGUUUAUUCAUUUAGAAUGUUUGGAUGGAUAUCUAACCAGAUGUUUAUACUACUAAAGGUAAUCUGGUAACUUUUUUAACUAUAUUUUGUAAAUCAGUAUAUAUACAUAUAUAUUGUUUUGGAAAUAAAUUAUUGUGUUCAUGUGA